CCGAGUGUUCCAGAGAGAAGAAGAAAAUAAGGGCUCGAAAUCUCUAUACUUCUCCCCAGAAAGCGAUGAUGGCGACCGCCUUGAGCUGCGGCCAGUCCAUCUUCCUCUUCCCUCCUUCUUCCUCCAGCUCUCGAGGAACCACCAAGCUCAACAGGGUUGCAUGCAAGUUCAAUCCAAAACCACUGCCUAUAUUUUUGACAAGCACACCACUUAAUCCAUUUCUGCCUGUGCUGCCCAGAGGAUUGCCAAGCUUGGACCUUUCUGCUGCAUCAUUUACGGUGCUAAGGGGGAGUGAAGCUGGCCAGUCACAGAAAACAUCCAUUCUACUCAGACAGCGGAAAUCUUCAGCAUCGGUACAAGCAAAGAAGAAGGAUAAUAGUUCAAUCACCAUACCUUUCCCGAAAAUGACUGAGAAGCCAGAGUGGUGGUGGAGAACUUUAGCAUGUCUUCCAUAUUUAGCAUCUAUGCAGAUGUCUGACCUUGGAUUUUAUAUUAUGCCGUUUGCAGAACACUAUCAACUCUUUGGAGAUUUGAUUUAUUACGUCCCUGGAGCAAUAAAGAGGUUACCACAGUGGUUCCCAGUGACAUAUUGUUUACUGGCAUAUUACUUCAUUGUGAAGAGGAAAGAGUGGCCUCACUUCUUUAGGUACCAUGUGAUAAUGGCCAUGUUACUGGAAACGAUGCUGCAAGUGGUUGCACAAGGGAGCAAUUUCUUUCCACUCAUAAACUUGAACGGCACAUUUGGCAUAGAAUACUGGGCGGCCAUGGCGUUCUUGUAUAUCCUGAUCUUGUUGGAGUGCAUAAGGUGUGCUCUUUCUGGCAAGUAUGCUAAGCUCCCAUUUUUCAGUACUCCUGCUCUGGCUCAUACUCUUUAUACCGUAGAAGGCAGGCUAAGACCUUUCUAAGAGCGGGUACAGAUCUUGUUUGGGUCUUAUGAUGAGUCUAUGCUCUUCAGAGUAUUAUGUUCUAUGUUCUUUAGAGUUGGUCAUUAUUGUACAUUAAUAUUUAUAAAAUUAUUGGAUUGUUGGAUUUGUGUCGAACUGAGGAUAUAUUUGAUACUGGAUAGUCUGGCAUCGACUUAUUAUUGAUGAA